CUAGUCACACAACACACACACACACUCCCUCUCUCUCUCUCUUCUCGCUGAGAAAUCUCUUUUAAACUGUUUCGAAGUGUCCGUCUAACGCCAAAGACAGAGCUUUUGGUAUUCCUGAUCCAUCCAAAGACAGAGCUCACAUGUGUAUUCUUCCUUUCUCACGCUAAAGAUGAUAAAACGUCAUCACUGAGGACUCAUAUCAGACUAGUGAAGAAAGUAAGUUUCAGAUGAGUAUGUGGUUAUUCUCCCGGUCCAAACAUGAUCCAUCCAAGGAUGAUCGCAAAACCGCCAAGGAAAUUUCACGGCAUGGAAACGAAGAUCGCAGGGCACGUGAACAGAUUGAGAUUGCUAAGGCAAAGCAAGAAAGUUUGAAGCAAGAGGAGGAGAAGAGCAGAUUAGAAAAGUCAAAGCAAAAAGGCAAAACUAAGCAAGUGGAUGAUGGUGAUGAUCAUGUGGAGGAUGAGAGACAAGUUAAGCCUCCCAAAGAUCAUGUGGAUGAGAAAGAUGUGAAUCCUCCUCCUAGCAUAUGCCGUGGUUGCAACUCUGCGAUUGAAGAUGGAAUAAAGUUCGAUGCCUUUGAUGUUCCUUGGCAUCCUCCGUGUUUAAUCCUUCAUUCUCAACAAUUGCCAAUUGCUACGAACAAGAUUCCAUGCUAUGUCUGUAAUAAGAAGAUUAAAAGAGAGUUCCAUGCUCAUCCGUUCUGGAAGGAGAUAUACUGCCCUGGUCAUGACGAUGACGGAACUGCCAAGUGUUGCAGCUGCGAAAGAUUAGAGUCUUAUGGGACGAAGUAUGUAAUGCUUCCAGAUGGUCGAUGGCUUUGUCGAGAAUGUAUGGAAUGCGCUGUUAUGGAUACUGUUGAAUGUCAUUACUUACAUUUGGAAAUCCGUGAAUUUUUCGAAGGCUUAAACAGGAAGAUCCACAAAGAGUUUCCUGUUUUUUUGGUAGAGAAAGAAGUGCUGAACAUAGCUGAAAAAGAAGAGAAGAUUCAGGACAAUCAUUAUGGGAUGGUUACCAGAGGUAUUUGCCUGUCUGAAGAGCAGACGGUCAAAAGUGUCACAAAAUGGCGAAAGAUGGGGCCUAACAAUCAGCUAAUUUCAGACAUGGCAUGGAAAUCUCAAAAGGUUAUAGGCAAGAGCGAGGUCACUGCAAUUCUCAUCUUAUAUGGACUUCCUAGGGUCCUGACUGGAUAUAUCUUGGCUCAUGAGAUGAUGCAUGCGUGGCUUAGACUCAACGGUUAUAAAAAGCUAAACAAUGUACUCGAAGAAGGAUUAUGCCAAGUCUUAGGCCAUCUGUGGUUGGAGCCACAGAAAUACGCCACUCCAGACGUAGUAGUAGUAGCAGCAGCAGAUGCAUCAACAGCUUCUUCUUCUUCUUCUUCUUCCCGAAAUCCUACAGCUAUAACCACAUCAAAGAAACGUGCGCCAUCUGGAUAUGAGAAGAAGCUCGUGGAGUUUUUCAAGUAUCAGAUAGAAACAGAUGAAUCACCAGUCUACGGUGAAGGGUUCAAGAAAGUUAACAAGAUGAUGGCCUCAAAUAAUUACAACCUUGAGGAUACCCUGAAAAAGAUCGUUAGUAUUUCCAAGACUGCACCAUCUUCAAAGUCUUGAAUCAGCCAUAUACAAUAUACCCAAUUAUACAUACAUACAUACCCGUGUAUAUAUAUUAUACAUACAGACACACGUUUUCUUUAUAUGGUAUAUAAAGUGUAAACACUGCUUCUGCUUCUUUUCUAUUGCUCUGUGUUCCUCUGUUUAACACACACACUUAAAAACGAUAUUGCAUGUUAAUUAUACAAAUAUAUUUUUCGUUGGAUUUUAUAA